AUGGCGAUAAAACCGGGUGCCGCGGACCAGGACCGUUGCAAAACUGAAAAUACUACCGAGUCCAGCGUCGGAACGGCAGCGUCCGAGAUGACUGCAACCCGGUCUGGAUCAGAAUCGACGAUGUUUGUGCUGAAUAUUCCUGCUGUUCAACCUCUGCCAGAUGCGCAAUUACAUCCAGUUGCACUGAAGUGGAUGAUGACAGUCAUUGUUUCCCUCUGUGCAGCCGCGGCUCCUCUGGGCAGUACUAUACUUAUGCGUAAGUCCGAGAUGCAGGAAAAGCAAUGAUCAGACGUCCUCAGCUGAUGAUACACGUCCAGCUGCAUUGCCACCCAUGGUCCGCGACUUGAGGACAACACGAGAGAAAGUCAACUUAUCCAUUGCUUUCUACUCUCUCUCGGUCGCCAUCUUUCCGCUCUAUUGGUCGGCUUUCGGGGAGAGAUUUGGAAGACGACCAGUUUAUCUACUAUCGUUCGCAUUGCUGGCUGCGUUCAAUGCUGCAUCGGCAGUGUCUUCGAGCGUGGACAUGUUCAUUGCUUUCCGUAUGCUUGCGGGUGCUUCUUCUGCUGCUGUGCAAUCUAUGGGAGCGGGUACAUUGGCGGAUCUCUGGCUGCCGGAGAGAAGAGGUCAUGCCAUGGGUGUCUUCUUCAUGGGUCCUAUGGUGGCGCCUGUUGUUGCCCCUCUUAUUGGAGGUGGUUUGACACAUGGUCUGGGGUGGCGUAGUACGCAGUGGUUCCUUACCAUCUAUGCUGCGCUGCUUUGGUUAAUUCUGACUAUGCUUCUACCUGAGACCAAACCUGAACGACCUAUGGAGCCACCAACGACAGCUACCAAGACUGUAUUGAGCCCUCGUCGCCUAAUUUCCGGAGUGCAAAAGGCCUGGCGCAUCCUCCUCAUUCCUGUGCGAACCCUGCCGCUCUUCCGCUUCCUCCCAAUUACCCUGGUCGUGUGGUACGCAAGCAUAACUUUUGCUUCGUACUAUUUCCUCAAUAUAUCAAUCCAAGCAACCUACACCGACGCUCCUUGGGGGUUCAACGCUAUUCAGACUGGUCUGAUGUACCUCCCUAGUGCAUUGGGCGCUUCCGCAGCUGGCAUCUUUGGAGGCCGAUUGACCGACCUUGUCAUGAUCCGGAAAGCCAAAGCGGCCGGUCGAUACGAUGAGAAGGGAGGCCUUAUGCUACGACCACAAGACAGAAUCGGCAUUCACGCGUGGGGAGCGGGUAUUAUGUAUCCCUUGGCGCUGUUGGCGUAUGGCUGGAUGGCUCGUUACAGAGUACACUGGAUGGGACCGUGUGUGGUCAUGUUCGUCUAUGGAGCCGGGCAGGCGGUGAUUUUCAACAUCACGACGACGAUGCUGACUGAAUUUACACCGAAGAAGGCUAGCUUGGGGGUGGCGAUGAAUAACUUGGUUCGUAAUACGCUUGCAUGCGUUGCGGCCGCUGUUUCACAGCCGAUGGAUACGAAUCUCAAGCCUGGUUGGAUGUUCACUUUGGUUGGAGGCGUUUGUUUGGCGAGCAUUGUGACCCUCUUCCCCUUGAAGCGGCAUGCCGAAGAAUGGCGUGAGAAGAUGGCUGUUGGGCUUGCAAACUUCAAAUAA